CCCUAUUUUGGGGGCUUUGUCCCCCACCCCCCCUUUCUUUCUGGCUUUGUACAGAUUUCUUGCACCGAGAGGUAUGAAAUUUAGCAGUGGUGUUAGUUAAAUGCAAUCACUUAAAAAGCAGAUGAAUACAUUCAGACGAAGGGGUUUACACCACUUCUAUAGACAGUAUGAAGGAACCUAGAGUACGUAAAGACAACAGACGGCCAGAUAUUGAAAUAUACAAGCCAGGGGUGUCUCGCCUGAGAAGUAAACCAAAACUGGUAAAACAGGGAACUUCAGGAAGUGAGGAAAACCGAUCUGAGGACUCCAGAGAUGAUCAUGCUGGAGACAAUGACUUUUUCCAGAACAAUGGAAGUCAUCAGAUUGACAGUGAUAAUACUCAGAGUACUAGUAAACUGUUAGAAAAAGGUGAAGAUGCUGGUAUAAAUAGCAGUCAAAGCUGCCAGAAUAGUAGUUCCAAAUCAGCUGUACAGGAAACUGGCAAUGUUAAGCAGAUAAAGAAGGUUCGGAAACCAGAUCGUCAGAUCUAUCAGCCUGGCAGACGACAGCAGGUGUUGAGCAAAGAAAUUCAGAUCAGUCCAUCUGAUGAAGAACUAAUCAAGAGAACUGAGCAUUUGAAAAUCAAAGGGGGUGGUCUUGAUGGUGGUGAUGAUAGGUCUUUGGAUAUCAACAGGGGAAAGCAGAGAAGUGACCAGAAUGUUAGAGACCCAGGAAAUAUGCAUGUGCUUUUGAAUACAAAAAAUACUAGAGACAAGAGAAACAAGAAAACGGAAGAAGGAUAUACUGACGAUUUAGAGAACAUUAAAUUCAGUGAUCCCUGGAAGCCAGUAGAAGACGAUAAGCCUUCUGGUUCCUGCAAAAGAUACUCAUGGUCUGACAAGCGUAGAAGUCGUCAUAGGACCUGCAGCACUAGUUCUACUGGGAGCAAUAAUAGUACAGAAGGAGCGGGACAAGCUGAAGAAGAUGAUGAUAAGGUGCCAUCUCGGAAAGAGAAAGCAAAAGUUACUAGUGAUCGUAAAGAGAGAAUGCGUACUCAGAAACAAGUGUCUACAUCCUCUACUGAUUCCUUUGAUGAUGAAACUGUGGAGUGGAAUACUUCUUUCUUAAUGAAAAGUCCAGAGAAGAAACUUUUGGACAAAAGGCAUGUCUUGAAACUUGACACUGAAAAAGUAGAAAAGAAGAGUGCGGCAAAAGAAAGCCGAGGUGGUCUUCGAGUCACAUUUUUCAAUGAUACUGCAGCAAAAGCAGUGGGAAUCACAAAAAAGAGCCUGGAGGUAAAAGGUCGAAAAAGCAAGUCUGACCGAGCAGAUUGUAGAGUUUCUUCUACAGGUAACAAAUUCAACACAAGAAGUCAAGCAAAAGACAAGGAUAGUAAAGAUGAUGACCUUCAUGUAAAAGGAAGGGGUAUUCUGAUUCUUCCUGUAAAUACAGACAUCAGUGGCAAAGUUUCUUCUUCACCAGAGUUGACUCAUGUUGGCUGCCAGCUGCAAGCUAGUAGCAGAAGUGGCAGAAGCAGAGGUCGAGGAGGUGCUACCCGCAGGCUUUGGGAUCCCAAUAACCCAGAUCAGAAGCCUGCUUUAAAAAAUCAAAGCCCACAGUUGCAUUUUUUGGACACUGAUGAUGAAGUCGGACCAGCCACCACAGGAGAGACCUUACAUCAUUGUCUCUCUUUUCAAGAAGGUGCUUACUAUAAAUUCCAGAAUUCAGAUAACCCAUAUUGUUAUCCAAGGUCUGCAGUACCCACUGCUCAGUAUCCGUAUGGCUCAUAUUCCAUGCAAUAUCAGAUGAAUUCCAGUAAUAACUUGUAUCCACCAACAUAUUGCACUGGAUUCUCUGCUCUCCAAUCCUCAUUUUUACCUCCUGUGUUUCAUGGCACUGCUAUCUAUCCUGAGGAAAUGGAACAGCACUUCAGAAGCUUGCAUCAGCAAGAACUAAACAGGCUGAUGCGUAUGGCUGAUAACCAAGAAGUGCAACUUGGCAACUUGCUUUCCAGGGAUCGGAUAAGUCCAGAAGGAUUAGAAAAAAUGGGCCAACUCAGGGUAGAGCUUCUGCAGCAUUAUGAGCGUUGCAUUCUUAUGGAUAUUGAGUUUGCGGAUAGCCAGAAUCUUGACCAGCUCCUGUGGAAGAAUGUUUUCUAUCAAGUUAUUGAAAAGUUCCGGCAACUACUUAAAGAUCCAGCCAUUGAUAAUUGUGAAGUAAUUCGCGCAAAGCUGCUCAGUGUGUUAGAUGAGGGCGCAGCUUUCUUUGACAAUCUACUUCAGAAAUUGCAGGUGACGUUUCAGUUCAAACUUGAGGAUUAUAUGGACGGCAUGGCCAUUCGAAGUAAACCUCUGAGCAAAAUGGUGAAGUAUGCACUGAUCAGUGCUCAGCGAUGCAUGAUCUGCCAAGGUGAUAUUGCCCGGUAUCGAGAGCAAGCAAAUGACACUGCCAAUUAUGGAAAGGCACGCAGCUGGUAUUUGAAGGCUCAGCAGAUUGCUCCUAAGAAUGGACGUCCAUACAACCAGCUUGCUCUCCUGGCUAUAUACACGCGCCGGAAGUUAGAUGCUGUCUAUUACUACAUGAGGAGCUUGGCAGCCAGUAAUCCCAUCCUGACUGCAAAAGAAAGCCUUAUGAGUCUUUUUGAGGAAACCAAACGAAAGGCUGAGCAAAGUGAACCAAGGAAAGAAUCUGAUGUAGACUCAAGCCCCAGUCCACGGGGCAAAGGGCAUAAAUGGAUGUUUACGUCUGCUAAUGAUGAUACAACUAGAGUAGAGAUCUGGAUCCAUUCUGGCCGUUCCCACCUAUCCCAAGGCAGUGAAUCAGGGAAGGAUUCUGAACAAGAUUCUCGUCUCAGCAGCCUCUGUCCCAGCGAACUGAACAAGAGGUUUAUCCUGAGUUUUCUCCAUGCCCAUGGGAAGCUUUUCAGCAAGGUUGGUAUGGAGACCUUCCCAGCUGUUUCUGCCAAGGUCUUGAAGGAGUUCAGAGCUCUUCUCCAGCACAGUCCAUCUCCAAUUGGGAGUACACGUACUCUUCAGCUGAUGGCUAUCAACAUGUUUGCAGUUCAUAACUCCCAGUUAAAGGAUUCUGAUUUAGAGGACUGCCGUUCAGUCAUACAGGAACAGGCAACAGGACUGGGGCUAGCAAUGUUCUCCUUGCUAGUGGAGAGGUGUACUAAUCUGCUGAAGGAAACAGAAAAAGUGGAGGCAAAGAAAGAAUACAUGACAGAGGAAACAAAUGAUGAUGAAGAGAAGCUGGAUGAUAUCAAGGUUUCAGCAUUUCCUACAGAUUUGAAAGAACUGCUCCCCAGUGUGAAGGUGUGGUCCGAUUGGAUGCUGGGUCACCCAGAUGAGUGGAAUCCACCACCAAAUUCUUUAAUCCUUCCAAAAGAAAUUUCUGUAGAUGUCUGGGCAACACUGGCAGAGUUUUGUAACAGUCUGACUGCUGUGAAUCAGAGUGAAGUACCGCUGUACAAAGACCCUGAUGAUGAUCUCACCCUCCUUAUCCUGGAAGAGGACCGGCUCCUCUCAGGCUUUGUCCCAUUGUUGGCUGCCCCUCAGGACCCUUGCUACGUGGAGAAAACUUCGGAUAAGGCUAUUGCAGCCGACUGCAAGAGGGUCACAGUGCUGAAGUAUUUCCUGGAAGCGCUUUGUGGACAAGAAGAACCUUUGCUGGCAUUCAAGGGUGGAAAAUAUGUGUCGGUGGCAGCCAUCCCAGACACCAUGGGAAAGGAAGUGGGAAGCCAGGAGGGAAAACAACUGGAAGAUCAGGAAGAGGACGUUAUAAUAGAGGAUUUCGAAGAUGGCACUGAACCUGAGGGUAGUGGCAGUGAGGAUGACAUCAGAGAGUUGCGUGCUAAAAAGGAAGUGUUGGCUCGGAAGAUAGCUGAGAGGCAACGACGGCAAGAAAAGAUUCAGGCUGUACUGGAAGACCAGACCCAUAUGAGGCAGAUUGAGAUUGAAAUUAUCCCCCUCUUCCUUGUCCCAGAUACAAAUGGCUUCAUCGAUCACCUCUCCAGCCUAAUCACACUGCUGAAUUGCAAACAAUACAUCAUCGUGGUACCACUGAUCGUGAUUAAUGAACUGGACGGUUUGGCAAAAGGUCAGGAGACAGACUGUGGAGCUGGGAGUCAUGCUUGCCAUGUCCAGGUUAAAGCAAGAAAAGCAGUAGAUUUCCUAGAGGAAAGGUUUGAGGUCCGUGACCCUUGCCUGAGAGCACUGACUAGCCGAGGGAAUGAGCUGGAGUCCAUCUCCUUCCGCAGUGAAGACACCACUGGACAGAAGGGUAAUAAUGAUGAUCUUAUUCUGUCCUGCUGCCUCCAUUACUGCAAGGACAAGGCCAAGAACUUCAUGCCAUCUCGAAAAGAUGAGCCCAUCCGUCUAAGACGAGAAGUUGUACUCCUAACUGAUGAUAGAAAUCUGCGGGUCAAGGCAUUAACACACAAUGUCCCAGUUCGGGAUAUCCCUGCCUUCCUGAAAUGGGCUAAAGUGGGGUGAAGAGAAUCAAGCUGGAACUAGAGUCAGUACUCUGAAAAUCCAGAGAGCGUCAGUGGAACAAGGCAUACAAGCCCCUGGUCCAACCCCUGCCUCAAAACAACUACAACAAAAAGCAACAAACAUUUUAUUAAAAGUAAAAGAGCAAAAUAGAAUCUGCACCAUAAGAUUGUGUCAGGUCUCUGCAGUGGGUGGGAAGGGAGAGCGUGAGGCAGAGUAGAAAAGUUAAAAAAGAUAAUUGCUCUAAGGUUGUUCUGGUAUGAAAACUAGAAGCAUUCCCGCUGCUGGAGCUUUUAAAGGGAUGUUGGUCAGUCUGUACACCAGGUGGCGAUAUUGUUCCCCCAGUAUGAAGUGCUGAGCUCUUUUGUUAAGGCUGUCCCUGUUUCUAAUCCCCAAAAGUGUGGGUGUGGAUGCAUACAUGCCAUUCUUUGUGUUUUCUGCUUUUCACCUUUAGUCUGCUGGGAGCAACUAUGGUACAUUAUUUGAAGUUUUUUUUAUGUAAUUCAGCAGGAUCAUAGAUCAUGAGCAGUUUUCUUCAGUAUUUUUUAACUAAGUCCUUAAUCUAGUCAUCCCUAAAAUUACUGUAUGAUAACAGUUCUUAAAAUUAAUAGCUAAGCAUAUUUUUACCUUAGAAGUUCAAAAGAGCUGUGGUUCUUUGGUCAUUGCAUCCCAUACCUUAAUUGUUGUAACAGCAGGAGAUGACAUUGUGAUACGCGUAGCCUCUACAAUUCUGAAGAGAAGUUUGGUAAACAUAUGUAGUCUUGCUUAGGAUGUUUUUUUUUUUUUUUUCAUUCGUUUUGGCAUAGAAGAAACAGCAAUUUUUAAGUUCUGUAUUUUAUUUUUUUCAGUGCAGCUUCCUGCUUGGUACAUUUGUUUGAUAUGCAUGAUGUGUAGGCUAACUGUAGCAGCCAGAAGCUGCAGUUUGCUGAAGAGUUACUGAUCUGACUGCACAAAAACAAUGUUGCCUAAGUCAUUGCAUUCUGAAGUUGUGCACACAUUUUGUUCAGGUUCCAAGUAGUAAAGAAAAUCUUUAUUUGGUCAAGUCAUUGUCACAGAGAAGAAGUGGCAGGCUUUCUAGAAGUAUUUUGUGUGAUUGUUACAUGAUGCACUUCAUACCUUGCAAAUUUUGGUUAAUUGCUCCUUUCUGAGUAAACUUUGAAAUAAAAGUGUUUAGUCAUCA